UAUGUCUAAUUACCUUUUAAACGCUUAAUAUCGUGUCUUUGAUGUAGACUCAUUAUACUACCAAAAAUAAGUGAAAUAACUCUAGAUACAGAAGACUUUUAGUAUUUUUAGAUUCUCUACAGAUUAAAUAAGAAAAAAAAAAAAAUAUAGUUUGAUAACCAUAUUUUGAACAAGUAUCUGCACACAACCAGCUGAACCCGAACGACAAAACUUAACGGAAGUUGUACCGGCAGCCAUCGGCUAUGACCACCGCUAUAAAGCCACCAAUUGGGUUGUGCUUCCUCCAACAACCGCCGUUUCUCCCUGGUUCCAAAUCGCUAAAGUUCCCAACCACUCAGCUUCCCAGAAUCCACUGUAGCCACUCCUCUUUCGAAGUUCGAGAGGUUAGCUACCAACCACCGGGGACUCAGCUUAAACUUCUAAAUUCAGUUAGCUUUUCACUUCCAGAGAAAAGUUUCGGCCUAAUUUUCGGACAGAGUGGAAGUGGAAAAACAACCCUGUUGCAGCUUCUUGCAGGAAUAUGCAAACCAACCUCGGGAUCUAUUUACAUCCAAAAGUAUGGGAAUGAUGGAAGUCCUAGUCAAACUCCGGAGCCCUUGGUGCCAGAAAGGGUUGGUAUUGUCUUCCAGUUUCCAGAGAGGUAUUUUGUCGCAGAUAAUGUGCUUGAUGAAGUCACUUUUGGUUGGCCAAGGCAAAAGGGUAACCAUCACCUCAGGGAGAAUCUUACUCUAGGGCUACAGAGGGCAAUUAACUGGGUAGUUAUGCCUUUGUAUACCACCAAGUCUAUUUUUAUAAUACAUGUUGGAUUAAGUGGGAUAUCAUUGGAUAAAAAUCCUCACUCCCUCAGUGGUGGUUACAAACGCCGUCUUGCCUUGGCAAUACAAUUAGUGCAAACCCCGGAUCUCUUGAUAUUGGAUGAACCUCUUGCUGGACUCGAUUGGAAAGCACGUGCUGAUGUUGUGAAGCUGUUGAAGCAUUUAAAAAAGGAAUUAACUGUGCUAGUUGUUAGUCAUGAUUUGAGAAUUAGAGCAUGGUCUUUUGGGCCUCUGAUUUGAAGCCAUGAACAGUGAUCAAAUCAACUAUCUCCAAAACUAAAGGGUCCUUCGGUGGUUCUUAUUCUGUUCAAAUCACCUCCUUUCAACUUAAUAGGUUGAACCAUCUCUGAUGAUAUUUUCUAAUGUGUAUUUGGGACAGAGGAAAGCUGGAUACCUCAUUGGUGAGCUAUCCAUGGCCAACACUAAUGAUCCAUGUUGUGCUGUCUAGGAUUGUGAAAAGUCCAUCGUGAUCAUAUGUUUGGUAAAGUGCAUGGGGGAAGACAUCAAUAGCAACUAUAAGUGCUAUUCCAUAGCCAGAUAAUUGUGGGAUGGUUUAACUGAACGAAUUUCAUCAAUUGUAACUCUACACACCUCAAUAAUAGGUUACCCACUUGUAUCUUAUCUUACAUAAUCUAAGUCCUGUAGAGUCCUUUAUCUCUUUUAUUCUCUUUACUCUUUUAGUGUCAAGCCUACCUUCUCUAGUAUUUGGAUGUCCUGUUUUUGUUCACUGUCAAUCCUAUUUGUAGUAAAUUAGACGAUAGAGCUCUUAAAUGUUUAUUUAUUGGUUAUCUUCCUAAUAAAAAAAGUUACAGAUGUUAUCAUCACACAACAUCCUAUUCCCUAUAUAAAGACUUGCUUAAAAGGUCUCGUCCCCCUCACAUAAUUGCCCACCUAACUAAUUAAUAAAUUUUCUUUAAUAAUAUUCGUUCCAUUUCCUCUCAUUUUCUCUGUGCCUAUCAGAAACAUAAGCAGAUGGGUCAAUAGACAGGUAUAAAGGGUGAUUGGUUGCAAAGAGGUAUACUCAAACUUAUUGAAUAGAUUAUGAGGAGACUUUUUCUCCUAUAGCCAAGAUGAAUACACUUCAUUAACAAGGCUUCUGAUCAUACCAACCUUUCUUUUUUAUGGAAAACUUAUUCUCCUUGUUCUUGAAAUAAAACGAUUAGAACUGUAGAUGAUAGCUUUUCAGCAAUUGUAGAAGGGAGUUAAAUUAUUUGAAACAUGUUGUCUCAAAAAAAUGUUUUGCAUGCACCUAAACAAGUUAGGUGUAAGUGGGUCUUUACCAUAGUGCAAGGAAGAUGGAAAUGUUGAAAGGUACAAAACUAGAUUGGUAGCAAAGGGAUUCACUUAAACAUAUGGAGUAGAAUAUCGUGUGACUUUUGCUUUGGUUGCUAAUCUCAACUCUGUUCAAAUUCUUCUAUCCCUUGCAUGCUUUGAACUGGCUUGUACAUCAAUUAGAUGUAAAGAAUUAUUUUUUGAAUGGGAAACUUGAGGAAGAAGUGUUUAUGAGUCUCCUUCUUAGAUUUAAGGAAGAACUUGGAAACGUUUGUAGACUAAAGAGAUCAAUGUGUUGGUUGAAACAAUAUCUUAGAAUAGGGUUAAAGCAGUUUUGAACUCUGAUAAGAAGGUCUAGGUUAUAUCCAAAGCCAAGUUGAUCACAUACUUCUCUAUAAACAUUCUGCAAAUGGUAAGAUUGUUAUUUUAAUUGUAUAUGUGGAUGACAUUAUCUUCAUAGGUAAUGACCACUUGGAGCUCAGAUUUGAAGGAGAAACUUUACAAAGUUUUGAAAUAAAGGAACUUGGUCCAUUUAAAUAGUUCUUUGAAAUUGAAUUUGCAAGAUCUAAGGAAGUUAUUUUUAUGUGUUAGAAUAUGUCAUCUUGAAUAGACUUUAUUAAACAGCUGCAAUGUGCUUUGUUCUGGAACUAGUUUCUAGGUGUGACCUUUCUUAUUCUUUUCUCUUUCCUCUCAUUCAUUGUAUCUGAACUUUCAAUAUCAUUAUAAAUAUGAGAACCAAGAGAGGGGAUUUACGCUCUAAUUCAUUCCAUUAUUCUCUAUUCAUCUCAAGUUUAUGAUCCAAUGAAAGUAUAUUCUGGAUCUUUUAAAUGAAGCAAGAUUCAUUGGACCCACACAUGUCCAGAUAUUGCCUUGGUGUAAGCAUGCAAAGUCAGUUUAUGUGUGCACCUUGACCUACACGUCUGUAGGCAGUUUUCAAGAUCCUGAGAUACCUGAAGGGGUCACCUAGAAAGGGAUCCAUGGUCACCUUCAUGUAGAAACCUACACUAAUGUUGAUUUAGCCAGAAGUAUAAUAGACAAGAGAUCAGCAUAGGUUCUUGCACAUUUGUUGGAUGAAAUUUGGUUAGUUGAAGAAAAAGAAACAUAUUGUUGCAGAAAAAAGCAAUGCAACUCAUGAAAUUUAUAAGGGCUUUUUGGUGGAAAAGGUUCUACUACAUGUACACUGCAUCUAAGGUUUUCUGUGUUUUACGUCUUCUAAAUCUUAAAGUAGACCGCUUCAUGUUGUUCUCUACAUCUUGUGUCUUCUCAAGACAUCAUGAAGAGUGUGUAUACUGUUUUCUUCAUGUCAUAUAGAUGAAUGUCUAGUGCUAUAAGCCUAUAGAUUCUCAGGCUUCAACUACUAUGUUUCGCACUUGGUUCAGACUUCAUCUAAUAGCUUGUUUCGUUCUAAGCAAAGUAGUUAGACACACCAAAAUAUAGUAUUAUUUGUUAUGAUCAAAACUAUGGGUGCCUUAGGCACGACUAUCAGAUUAAGACCUGCUUAUCAUGUGAAUAUUUGUCUGAAUUAAAUCCCUUCCAAUACUCACCUAGUAGACCCAAUUUGGGUAUUUUAGAUGUCUAUUAUCCAUAUUGAGAGGGAAUGUUGGCAUUUAUCUUGGGUAGUCAGGAUUAAUCAAAAUCAUGUGUAUAUCUUGGGUAAUCAAGACCAUUCAGAAUCAUGUGUUUCUAACUUUUACAGCUAGGAUCAUGAUGUAUAAUAUUUUAUUUCCUUUUCUAGUUAUAGCUAUAUAAUGAAAUUUGUCUGUUGCGAUUUAUAGGCAUGGACUUAAUGAGCAGACUAAUUCUUUUGUUCUUUUUUAUU